AAUGUUAAAAAAAGAAAGGAGGGGAAUAUGCCGAGAGUUAGGUGCUUGCUUGGCACGUCCUUGUCCACCUAAUAGCGAUGAUGGCGUCGCUCCUCGGGAACGCGUGGCCGUCCCUCACGCUUGCUCGUCGUGUAUAAGUCGGAAAGGAGAUGGCCGGGCAGGGCGCCUUCUCGGAGAUCAUCGACGGAGAUGUGUUUAAGUAUUACGCAGAUGGCGAGUGGAAGACGUCUUCCUCCGGAAAAGCCGUCGCCAUUAUCAAUCCUACCACCAGAAAGACUCAUUACAAAGUUCAAGCAUGUACGCGGGAAGAGGUAAACAAGGUAAUGGAGACGUCCAAGACGGCGCAGAAAGCGUGGGCGAAGACGCCGCUCUGGAAGCGGGCAGAGCUCCUUCACAAGGCUGCUGCCAUCCUUAAGGAGCAUAAGAAUCCGAUCGCCGAGUGUCUAGUUAAGGAGAUCGCCAAGCCUGCGAAGGAUGCUGUAACUGAGGUUGUGAGAUCUGGAGAUCUGAUAUCCUACUGUGCAGAGGAAGGUGUGAGACUUCUCGGAGAAGGGAAAUUCCUCGUCUCAGAUAGUUUCCCAGGAAAUGAAAGAACUAAAUAUUGCUUAUCUUCCAAGAUACCUCUUGGAGUCGUCCUUGCAAUUCCUCCCUUCAAUUAUCCUGUUAACCUUGCUGUGUCAAAGCUGGGACCUGCACUUAUUGCUGGAAAUUCUGUGGUUCUUAAGCCACCAACACAGGGUGCUGUUUCUGCUUUACACAUGGUGCACUGCUUUCACCUUGCUGGUUUUCCUAAAGGCCUUAUCAGCUGUGUCACUGGAAAGGGUUCAGAAAUUGGUGAUUUCCUCACAAUGCAUCCAGCUGUCAACUGCAUAAGCUUCACAGGAGGAGAUACCGGAAUUGCAAUCUCGAAGAAAGCUGGCAUGAUCCCGUUACAGAUGGAACUUGGAGGAAAGGAUGCAUGCAUUGUGCUUGAAGAUGCAGAUUUGGAUUUAGCUGCAGCUAACGUAGUGAAAGGAGGAUUCUCUUAUAGCGGUCAGAGAUGUACUGCGGUAAAGGUAGUAUUGGUGAUGGAAUCUGUAGCUGAUGCUUUGGUAGAAAAGAUCAAUGCCAAGGUGGCAAAAUUAACAGUUGGACCACCUGAAGAAGACUGUGACAUCACCCCAGUUGUAUCAGAGUCAUCUGCAAAUUUCAUUGAAGGCCUCGUUAUGGAUGCCAAGCAGAAAGAGGCAAAGUUUUGGCAGGAGUACAAGAGGGAAGGCAAUCUCAUCUGGCCAUUGCUGUUGGACCAUGUCCGGCCAGAUAUGAGGAUAGCAUGGGAGGAGCCCUUUGGACCGGUGCUGCCUGUUAUCAGGAUCAGCUCUGUUGAAGAAGGGAUUCAUCACUGCAAUGCAAGUAACUUUGGCCUUCAGGGUUGUGUAUUUACUCGUGAUAUCAACAAGGCAAUUCUGAUCAGUGAUGCAAUGGAAACGGGCACAGUUCAGAUAAAUUCAGCACCUGCUCGUGGACCUGAUCAUUUCCCUUUCCAGGGUCUGAGGGACAGUGGAAUUGGUUCACAAGGGAUCACAAAUAGUAUCAACAUGAUGACAAAGAUCAAGAGCACCGUCAUUAACUUGCCAGCGCCAACCUAUUCCAUGGGUUGAUCUGGAACAAAAGCAUGGAGCACUUCAUUAGAAGGUUACUCAAAUUACAGGCGCUCCUAUAUAGUGUAGAUUGCACCCCAUUAGUUUAGUCUACUCUGUAAGAAGAUUGUGAUCCUUAUAUCCUGGUGAGAGUGGCACGAAAAGUAUAUGGGCCUUCUGUUUUUUUUUUUCCCCUUUUUUUUGUUCUUGCUUUUUUUUCUCUCUCUUCCCUCCGUCUCUGUCUCCUUCAAUAAAGCAUUAGUUUUCA